UUUUUUAGAAUGAUUGUUGAAAGAUUGUUGAAAUGGUGACAUGUCGUUCAAGGUUAUGUGUCUAGGUUACCUUUAAAUUAAUCUAUGUGGCAAAUUUCAUCAUGGCAUUAUCAAGAAUUAGCUUUUCAGACAAUUUGCUGAACACCUUCACUCGCAUCUCGCGCGCAGCGUGCAUGGAAAUGCAGCGUGCAAGAUCAACAACACUUCAUCGAAAAUUGCAGGCUCUACAUGUGACAAGUAUGCGUUGUUAUCCGGAUCCGCCGACGAUCGCUUUACCAAACAACGUUUGCGACAUCUUUGCCAAUGAGACUGGUCGCUUCACAUCGGAACGCGCGCGCGACAUAGCUCUGUACGCCGAGAAUGGCGGUAUUGCGGCAGAUUGCUCCGGUUUUCCAAAGAUUCACGACAAUGGUCACAUGGAUUCAUAUGACUGUUUUGGCGCUGUUAGUCUGAAUGGCACAAUGCAGAGCAACGUACCGAAGCCCUUUUCGUCGCAUGGCAAAUCAACGCAUCUUAACAUGCCCGGUGGACAGUGGUCACGCGAUGGCAAAUACAUUGCCGAGGACAUGCAACGUUCCCAUUACCGCAAGCUGUCGUAUACCGCAACUAAUGCCUUCAUAACCAGCCCGCUUUUACGAGCGACAUAUCAGCCAAUCCAUACAAUCAGAAUAGGCUACUCGACUGAUACGUUUGAGGCGCCUAAGGACACCAACAAGGACCGAACAGCAAUGCCGACCAUGAUUUCGAAGCGGGAAAGAUUUCGUCUAAUGUUGAGGGAUUAUGGAGGCACCCUUCUUGCCUUUCAUAUUACUAUCUCGCUGAUAAGUCUUGGUGGUUGUUACAUGGUGGUUAUUAGCGGAAUCGAUGUAAUGCCACUCAUGCAGACUCUAACAGGUGGAAACGAACAGCUCGACAAUUUGAUGAAGACAUCAACGGAUUUCAUAUUGGCGUACACCGUACAUAAAUUACUCGCACCCGUACGAAUAUCGAUAUCUUUGACCGUAACACCAAUACUUGUGAGACAUCUGAGAAAGAUCGGUCUGCUCAAGAUGCCGAAAACGAAAACAACACCACCGUCUUUAGAAAAGUAAUGUAUUUUUUUGUUCUCUAAAAACUGUCUCGUUAUACUAUACGCAUCGGUAAGAGAUAACUCAUAACGAUAAAACAACUCUGUACAAAUGGUAAUGUCUAUAUAAAAAGUCCUAUACAGUCCCUAAAAAUGGUGAUAUUUUAUAAUAUUGGAUGGAAUAUAGUCUUUUCUUACAAUAGUAUCUAUUAUAUGUAUAGCACUCUCAUCAGUAUUUUGUAUAAAUUUAAAUAAGUCUAUAAUUGCUAUCAGACAAGCUUUGUUAUUCCAUUAGAUCUAAAUAAGCAAGGCUGUAGUUUUCUCUGCGUAUUUUGUAAAGUUUCAACUUGUAAUAUAAUUACGCACGCGUGUUACACAAGGUGCAGGAAUUGAUGUUUAAUUAUGUUUAUCAUUACAAUUUUGUAAAGAAAUUAUUUAUGAAUAAACAUUGAAUUGGCAAGGUCAA